CUGGAAGAACGGCGCCGCCAUUUUAUGCGUGCGUGUGAGGCGAAGGUGAAGGGCUGAAAUAAACCCCGGCGGCGAGGGGGUAAAUCAGCCCUGCCCCGGUGCAGGCCGCCUCAACAUCGCCCCAUUGGCAGCCGCGGCUUUGUUUUGUUCCGCUCGCCUUUCUGUUGGGUUGUUUUCAGUUUGGUUUGCGGAGCGAUGGUGGCAGCAGCCAUUUGAAGGAAAGCAGCGAGGAAGACAGCUGUUGCACACCAAAGUUCUUGAGUACACCAUCUGUGGGCGAGAGAUGGAGUAUGACAAACGCUCCAGCCGCAGUGAGCGGAUGGGACGCUACGGGAGUGACCGGUGCAAGGACGACCCUCGAGAAUCCCGUGAUAGGCGGGAUCAUGACUACAGGGACAUGGACUACCGGUCCUAUGACCCGGACUAUGAUUGCGACACUGGCAAGGACUACGGCCAGCAGGACAGCUGGGGCUACGACCACUCUGAGGAUUACAGAGAGGACGGUGACGGUUACAGAAACUACGACAACCCUGAAGAUGCCUUCAGCUUCCCAGGGGAUGGGGAUUACAGAGACCAAGACUAUCGGAAUGAGACGGGCGAGGAGAAGGCCAGCAGGAUCAUCAUGCUGCGGAUGCUGCCCCCCUCCGCCACCGAGAACGAUAUCCGAAUGCAGCUGCAGUAUGCCGGUUACCAGCCUCGGGAGGUGCGCCUAAUGAGGAAUAAAUCCUCAGGUCAAAGCCGUGGUUUCGCCUUCGUGGAGUUUAAUCACUUGCAGGACGCUACCCGAUGGAUGGAAGCCAAUCAGCACUCUCUCGUUAUUCAUGGCCAGCAGAUCUCCAUGUACUACAGCGACCCCAAGCCCAAGGCCAAUGAGGACUGGCUCUGUAACAAGUGUGGAGUGCAGAAUUUUAAACGGCGUGAGAAAUGCUUUAAGUGUGGUGUUCCCAAGUCGGAAGGGGAGAUGCGGCUGGUGCCCGACAGGAAGGACCUGCAGCAGCCCCUCCCUGACGGACCCGCACCCCUGCUGAAGCUACCCCAGCCGUUCCAGCCGCCACAGCUCCACCCGCAGCACAGCCAGAACCAGCAGCCAAACGAGAACGCUAAUGACACCGUGAUCCUACGUAAUCUGAACUACCACACCACCCAAGAAACAAUCCUCAACACCUUGGCUCCCUAUGCUGUGUUGUCACCCUCCAACAUCCGCCUGAUCAGAGACAAGCAGAGCCAUCUAAACCGGGGCUUCGCCUUUAUUCAGCUCUCGACAAUUGUGGAAGCCUCCCAACUGCUCCAGAUCCUGCAGUCGCUGGACCCCCCUCUCGUCAUUGACGGCAAGACCAUCAACGUAGAGUUUGCAAAGGGCACAAAGAAGGAUGUGGUCCUGACGGAUGGUAGCCGGGCCAGUGCCGCCUCAGUGGCCAGCACAGCAAUCGCGGCGGCUCAAUGGGCAGUCAGCCAGAGUUCCGAUUCUGAUAACCAGGGUGCGUGGCUGAACCAGGACAACCAGCGAGACUAUUCGUACUACCGAGGAAGCCAGGACGACAGUUAUCUGCGGCAGUACGCCCAGCGAUAUGGUGGCCACUAUUCCCAUGACUACCAGCAGGGCUCAGACCAGCAGAAAUCCAGCAGGCGUCCUGUGCUGCCAACAACGUACGAGGCACCACCUACUGUUGCAGUGUCGGAAGCCUCCUCGGAGCCUGGCAUUCCAGGCGUUGAUCCUCUCCUGAGCCCGCAGUCAGGGCAGGCAGAAGCUGCUCCACAGCUCUAUCAGAAGUCAUCCAGUACCGCGUCAGACAGCACCUGCACCACACAGACCUCCCGCACCCCCGGAAACCAGAAGGCAGAGAAUGCCCCAGAUCUGCCCCAGGUCGGUGCCAGCCAUUCCUCGGGAGCCAAUGGCAGCGGUCACUCUCUAACCAGCUCUUCCACCGCGACCCAGGACUACACGCAGUACCCCGUGCCUGAUGUCUCUACUUACCAGUAUGACGAGGUCUCGGGAUAUUAUUACGACCCCCAGACUGGACUCUACUAUGACCCCAACUCACAGUACUAUUAUAACGCACAGACACAGCAGUACCUGUACUGGGAUGGGGACAAGCAGACCUACCUACCGGCCCCUGACCAGAGCGGUGAUCCCAAAGACGGUUCCGGCCUGAAGGAAGGCAAGGAGAAGAAGGAGAAGCCCAAGAGCAAGACAGCUCAGCAGAUCGCCAAAGACAUGGAGCGCUGGGCCAAGAGCCUGAACAAGCAGAAGGAGAACUUCAAGAACAGCUUCCAGCCACUGAGCUACAUGCGAGAGAGCGAGCGCCGGGAGUCAGCCUCUGCCGACGCGGGCUACGCCAUGCUGGAGAAGAAGAGUUCCCUGGCUGAGCGUCAACAUGUAAUGAUGGAACACCUCAAACGCACCAGCGACAAGAUGAGGGACGAUGACGCUCGGACGAAGUCGAGCCCACUGCGGGGGCUGGUGGCGGCCUACAGUGGUGAGAGCGACAGUGAGGAGGAGCCGGAGGAGGAGCAGGAGGAGAGGCUGACCGACUGGCAGAAGCUGGCCUGUUUGCUGUGUCGCAGGCAGUUCCCCAGCAAAGAGGCUCUCAUCCGUCACCAGCAGCUCUCCGAGCUCCACAAGCAAAACCUAGAGAUACAUAGGCGCUCGAAGCUGUCAGAGGCCGAGCUGGAAGCCCUGGAGAAGAGUGAGAGAGAGCUGAAGUACAGAGCAGCAGAGAGACGGGGCAAGCUGCCCAUGGCUGAUGUAUCGGAGCCCAAGAGGAAAAGGACACAGGCAACGUUCGAUGGACUAAACCAGGACAUUGGAAACCGCAUGAUGGGCUGGAAGGCUGGCGGCAGACUGGGGAGCAAAGACUCAGGCCUGUCCUCUCAGUAGCCCUGAGGCUUCGUGGGAUCCUCAUCGUCCGUGUCGUGCCUGGAGCGUGUGGUGAGCGGUGCCCACCACCCCACCGGUGAAAGGCACAACACCUCUGCUCCCUGGGAGUCCACAGCACUGGCCGUUCAUCCUGACCAGCUCAGAGAAAGACUGUAAAUAUUUUUAUCAGCCUACAAUAUGUACUUUUUUUUUACCAAUUAAAACCAAACUGUUUCUGAA